CCUACACUCCUGUUUUGGUGUUCCUUUGACAUCUACCAGAAUAAACACAGGUUGUGUUGCUUCUACAACAACCACAUUUUCCAAAUCAGGUACAAGAAGAGGUCCAGAUGUGCACCCCAUGGUCAUGGGAGUCCUGAAGAGUCGCAAGUUCUGCGUGUGGCUAACCCUCCUGUCGGUUGUGGUCGGAAAGGAGGUGACGGGUGAACAUGACAAGCCCAACUUUGUCCUUAUGAUGGUCGAUGAUCUGGGCAUUGGGGAUGUCGGUUGCUAUGGGAACGACACAAUAAGGACCCCCAACAUUGACCGGCUGGCCCAGGAGGGGGUGAAGCUCACCCAACACAUCGCCGCCGCUCCCCUGUGCACCCCCAGCAGGACGGCCUUCAUGACAGGGCGUUAUGCCCUGCGCUCAGGGAUGGCCAGCCCUGGAAGAGCACAGGUCAUCCUGUUUCUGGCGGGAUCUGGGGGCCUUCCUCCCAACGAGACCACCUUCGCCAAGCUCCUGCAGAAGGAGGGCUACACCACCGGCAUCGUGGGGAAGUGGCACCUGGGGGUGAACUGCGAGCACAGGACCGAUCACUGCCACCUCCCCAACAACCACGGUUUCGACUACUUCUACGGUCUGCCCUUCACCUACUUCAAGAACUGCCUGCCGGGGGAGGGCACGGAUGUGUUGGCCGACGUGCAGGAGGCGCUGCGGGACGUGACUGUGCUCCUGGGGCUGGCGGCAGUUACGCUGACCGCCGCGCGGAUCGCCGGCCUCCUGGCCGUGAGUCCGAGGCUGGUGGCGGCGCCGGCGCUCCUGUGCCUCCUGGCGCUCUCCGUCUGGUACAUGCCCUUCCAGCGGCUGCAGACCUGGAACUGCAUCGUCAUGCGGAACGGGGACGUGGUCGAGCAGCCGCUCGACUCGGACGCCUUGACCGGAAGGCUCGUGGACGAGGCAGAGGGGUUUCUGGAAAGACAUCAGCACAAACCCUUCCUCCUUUUCCUGUCGCUGGCACAUGUGCACACCCCGCUGUUCAGGUCCAAAACCUUUGCAGGGAGAAGCAAACAUGGACUGUAUGGGGAUAACGUGGAGGAAGUGGACUGGAUCAUCGGCCGAGCGGUGGGAGCCGUCGAGAAGCUUGGCCUCUCCAACAAAACCCUGAUGUACUUCACGUCGGACCACGGGGGUCACAUCGAGGACAACGAGAGGGGAGGCUGGAACGGCAUCUACAGAGGAGGGAAAGCCAUGGGUGGUUGGGAAGGGGGUAUCCGUGUCCCUGGGCUCUUCCGCUGGACAGGACGACUGCCCGCCGGGAGGGUCAUUGACGAGCCCACCAGCCUCAUGGACGUGUUCCCCACCGUGGUGGGGCUGGCGGGAGGAGAGCUGCCCACAGACAGGCUCGUGGACGGCCGCGACCUGCUGCCCCUGCUGGAGGGCAGAGCCGAGCGCUCGGAGCACGAGUUCAUGUUCCAUUACUGCGGGACGUACCUCAACGCUGUGCGCUGGCGCCCCCCGGACGGCGACACUGUUUUUAAGGCCCACCUCUUCACCCCCAACUUCUUCCCCGAGGGGGCCGGCGGCUGCCACGACAUCAAGAUCUGCCGGUGCCACGGGAGCUUUGUGACCUACCACGACCCCCCGCUGCUGUUCGACCUGGCACGGGACCCGUCUGAGAGCACGCCGCUCACGCCCCAGUCGGAGCCCCGCUACACAGAGGUGUUGCGGCGUAUCGCCAAGGCCACGGUGGAGCACAGGAAGACCCUCACGCCGGUCCCUAGCCAGAUGUCCUGGAGCAAGAUGCUGUGGAGGCCCUGGCUGCAACCCUGCUGCGGGACGUUCCCCUUCUGCUCCUGCUCGGAAUCCAAGAGUAUGAACUUGUAGAUGGAUGGAUGUUGAGAAGGACAUCAAAUCUGCGUGUUAAGUAAAAAUAAAAUUUUGCCUAUGUGUUGGCAGAUGCUGUAUUACUACAUAUAGUGCUGCCUGAAAGUAUGUGAACCCUGUACGUGUGGUUGUCAUUCUUUCUAUAAAAUAUAAAAUGCUGCAAUGCGUGAAGCUGACAUUUUUCUCGAAAGCACCUCAAAGUUAUUUACUCAGCUGGAUGAUUUUAGUGGAGUGAUAGAGGGUAAGUAUCUUGCUUAAGAGUGCUAUAGUACAAGGUGGGAUUUGAACCUAUUGCCUUUGUAACCAACGACACCAGCACAACCACUACACUACCAGCUGCCUCUACAGCUAUUUACCAUAAAUAAAUGAUUAUGAUUUACACCCCUGAUUCUAUUUACCUAUUUGGUUUAACCAAUGCAACUUGGGCUUCACUUAUUUUGCACCUACACUACUUGCACGUUUCUACUACACACGAUCUCCUCUAAAGCAACAUAUGGAAUUGGUCAUUACACACCUUUUAUGUCUCAUGAGAAGCACAGAUUCUCAUUAAAUAACCAUUUCAUGGCAAAAAUGGGGGGUUCUCAUAGUUUCAAGCAGCAGUGUACAUGGUAUGUCAUGUAGUUUGCAUGUUCUCCCCGUGUCUGCGUGGGUUUCCUUCGCGUGCUCUGGUUU